AUGAAGUUCUCCUUGUCCAUUGUUCUUGCUGCCUUUGCCCUGCAGUCCACCGCCCUCUUGGUGCCCAUGGACGCUCUUUCCUCCAACUUGGGCUCUGGUCUUGCACCCGGAGCGGCCGAGAUCCUUCCUCUCGAGGUUCGGGCAGGCAAGAGCAACUCCAGGGCCAACGGCAAGGGCAAGCAAAAGCACAAGCACGCCCACGGAGUGCGGCCCGACUUCCGCAAGCAGUGCAAGAGCUUGCCAUCGAACUGCCCGCCUUUCCUGAACAAGAAGGCCAUGUGCGAAUGCAAGGCCGCCGCAACGGUCGCUUCCUACUUGGAAUCCGAGAGAGGAUGUCCAAAGCCGUCUCAAAAGGUACUUGAGCCUCACGACAAUCAUCCUGGGGUCUGGCCCGAUGUUGGAUCUCGAAUGAAACUAAACUAA